AGGUGCAUACAUUUAUAUACAGUAUGUAGAUAAACAAUUAGAACGGACAAACUCCACAGACUCCAGCAAACUGUGGAGGUCUCUGUUUACAUCAAAGGCCCUUAUUAGAAUACAAAUUAGGGAGUAUCCAAUCUUUUAAAUAUGCAAAAACAAACCCGGUUACUUUUGCUUUGUCUCUUAGCAAAGAUGCAAGGAAGUUCAUUAAGCACUGUUUACAUGGAACAAACUCCACCACAUAAAUGAUGUAACUAGGAUACCUUCACCUAAAAAGUGGUAGUCCCACCUCAAAAAGCCAGUUUACUAAAAUAACAAACUAAAACAUUAAUAAAUAUACUUUACACCCUUGAUACAUGUUAAUAUCGGUGUCUUUCUUGUAGAAGACAAGAAAGACACCUAUGGCUGCAGUAGUUUUUUUUGUUACAUUUUAUAAUAAGCCACCCACCGAAAGUCUUAAAAAUGUCUUUUCAAACUGUCACUUUAGGUCAUCUUUGAAAAAUGCAUUCAGACUAAUCAGUGUGUUGUGUUUUUUUCCCCCAUUAAAAAGCAAGUUUCAUCAUGGCGAAAGAGCAGAUUUAGUUACAUUCUUUAACCCAUGUAUUACUUUGGCACAGUUGCAGAUCAAACAUGCUGUGACUCAGGCUGAAAUCCAACAGCUCAAGAGGAAGCUAAAUCAUGCAGAGCAGGAGAAGCAGCGCUGGCGUACUGAAAAGGCCCAGAUGGAGCGUAACAUGCAGGAGAACCGGGAGCGCAUGGAGAAGCUGGAGGGAUAUUGGAUGGAGGCGCAGAGUCUUUGCCAGGCUGUGGAUGAGCACCUGAAAGAAACCCAGGCUCAGUACCAGGCUCUAGAACGCAAAUACAGCAAGGCCAAACGCCUUAUAAAAGAGUAUCAGCAAAAGUGAGAGAAAACACACAGAUACUAAUCCACAUCCACAUUCUUACUGAAGAUCCUGUUUAGCUUGAACCUUGACUUUAAAGAUGAAUAUAUGUCCAUAUAUUC